AUGGAGCGCCGAAACGACUUGACAUGUGCAGACCCAAGCCUUGCAGACGUUUACGUGGCGGGAUACAGCCCAGCCAAUUCCGCACAUACAGUAAGCCCGCGCUGGGUACUCGCAUUACAGCGCAGCGGCCUAGGUGCCGACUGGGAGAUCCAAGGAGACCUCUUCCUAGCAUGGCAAACCGAGCAAGAGUUCACGGUACCCUUUUACCGCCUGUUCAACCCGACAACAACUGAUUGGAUCACAAUGAUCUCAACGGAUGGCUCGCCUCCUGUUGUCAGUGGGUUUGAAGACGCGACAGUAAUUGGCUUUGCAUAUUCCACGCAGGUGUGCGGGAGUGUGCCUCUUCUGGGUGCGUCGUUGCCGAGCAAAGGCGAUCAUUGGUAUACAACGGAUGUCAGGGAACACAAUUUCUUCUUGGAAAACGGUUGGGUUGAUGCAGGAAUUGCAGCGUUUGUGUUGCCAUUGAACGAACCAGCACAGGACCAGCAGGAUAGCUGGGCUGCUAUAGACACUCUGGGGCCACGGAUCAUCCAAUUCAACGUCGUCCGCGAUUCUGAGAGUCGAGGAAAUGAUACUGGUGUCUGUGAACUUUGUCAGGUGUUACCUCCCUUAUGGUAUGCCAACGGCACUUACCCCUACCUGCAAGGCUCCCUACCACACCAUGAUGGUGCUACGUUGACCGUUGACCAGCUUAAACCUAUGCCAGUGGAGGUCUCGCCUCGUUUGCUUUAA